CACGUGAAUAUAUUCAACCAUUCUUUCCAUAUACCAGUUGCCACGUUAGGAAGUCAUCAACCGCUUUCUACUUCCGUUGGACCUCAAAUCUUUGAGGCUUCCAAAUCUAACUCCGCUAUGAUCAUUGGGCUUUGAAGUCCCAAAUAUGGCUUCCUCACUUUCGAUUCUCAACGAUCCUCCACAACUCCUAAACGGACCUCAACUCCUGCAUGAGCUAAUUCCAUGGGAUCAGCACAUCGAUGCAUGCGCCCUCGAUUGCACUAGCAAUGAAAUAAACACGACCUACAGCUAUCGAGAGCUGUUAUUAUGCGCCGAUUCAUUACGAGUUAGGAUACAAGACUCCCUGAGCGAAUCUCAAGCGCAGUCAUCAAGACAACACAUUAUCCCCGUUUUACUACCACAAUCUCCAGAACUAUAUAUUUCUCAACUCGCCAUUCUGAGGUCCGGAGGAGCAUUUUGCCCAAUCAACCUCGAUGCGCCCAAAGAACGAAUCAAGUUUGUUGUUGGAGAUGUGUCGGCAAGCGUCAUUAUCACGACCUCUACAUUCAAACAUACUGUAUCAUGGGAGAAUGGACCCAAAGUCAUUAUCGUCGACGAAUUUCCCUCAGUAGAUCAAGAGCAGGUCGUGGAAAAGAGACCAUCACGUGAUGUCAACCCUGAUGAGCUGGCGUAUGUUAUGUACACGUCUGGAUCGAGUGGGAAGCCAAAAGGAGUUGCUGUAAGCCACUUGGCGGUAACACAGUCCCUUCUUGCGCACGAGAACCACAUACCUCAAUUUAAGCGAUUCCUACAAUUCGCUGCACCCUCAUUCGAUGUGUCCGUGUUCGAGAUCUUCUUCCCGCUGAUCAGAGGGUCGACUUUGGUCGGCUGUGACCGCGCUCAAUUGCUAAAUGACCUUCCAGGCAUGAUCAACAAGUUGGAUAUCGAUGCCGCUGAGCUCACUCCUACUGUUGUGGGCUCUUUGCUUCAAAAGAGGUCAAAUGCGCCUGGGUUAAAGCUACUCUUGACUAUAGGAGAAAUGCUCACGAGACCUAUCGUGGAAGAAUUUGGUGGCUCAGAGACCAAGCCAAACAUGCUCUAUGGCAUGUACGGGCCAACUGAAGCAGCAAUACACUGCACCAUCUACCCGAAGAUGGAGGCAAACGCCAAACCAGGAAACAUUGGCAUUCCUUUCGACACAGUCUCCACUUUCAUUGCAGCUGCUAGCGAGACUGAGGACGAUUCUUCAAAAUUGAAAUUCCUGCCCGUGGGAGAGCUAGGAGAGCUAGUGCUUGGUGGUCCACAGCUUGCACACGGCUACUUGAAUCGUCCAGAGCAGAAUAAAGCAGCUUUUGUCAACUUCGAAGGCAGAGACUACUACCGCACAGGUGACAAAGCUCGGCAACUCGAAGACGGUACCAUCGAAAUCCUCGGUCGUAUCAGUGCAGGACAGGUCAAGUUACGCGGCCAGAGAGUUGAGCUUGGAGAAAUCGAAGAGGCUGUUUAUAAGCAUCAGGGUGUGAAGACAGUCUCGGCAGUCGUGCUCGCCAACGCGCUUCUCGUCUUUGCACUCGUCAGCGAUGUCAACAUUCAUACCGAAGAUGUGAUGAACACUUGUUCCAAAUGGCUUCCAAAGUUUAUGAUACCAAGUGAGAUCAUUCUUUUGCAGAAAUUCCCAUAUCUGCCUUCCGGUAAAGUGGACAAGAGGAAAUUAGAGUCGAAUUACCAAGAAGAACGAGCGAGUAUGGAUCAUGAUGAUUCUAUAUCAUCGAGCAAGACUGAAAAAGCAGUCAAGAAAGUACUCCACGACAUUCUUGGCCCAUUUCCCAGGUCUAUGCGUCUUGCUUCUGUUGGCCUUGACUCUCUAGUCGCUAUCCGAGUAGCAUCCAGACUGCGAUCAGAAGGCUAUGCUGUGAGCACCAUUGCUGUCCUUCAAGCAGACACUUUGACUUCCCUUGUUCGCCUUUGCGAAUCUAUCGACUCCAAGCCUCCUUCUGAGCAAAGUAGAGGUAGAGCUACCAACACCGAGGGAAUUACUGCUGUACUCAACGGCCAUGCCAAAGAUGUUGAAUUCUCAAUGCCUUGUACUCCACUUCAAACCGCAAUGCUGUCGGAAACUGCUAUCGACGAAAGGGCCUACCGAAACUGGGUUGAACUGGAGCUGCCUGCGAUGGACAAUACCGAUUACGUGGUACAAGCGCUCUACAAACUGGCCAGCGCUAAUCCUAUCCUGAGAACAGGCUUCUCGGAAUCUCAGGCUUCUGAUGGCUAUGUUCAAGUCAUUUGGAGGGAAUUGGCGGAGUCUCGGAUUGAGCAAGUGGACAAGCUCGAUUAUGGUUUCGAUAGAUCCAAAGACAUGUCACUGCAUCACCCACUUCGAAUUCAGAUUUUGCAAGCUACUUCAGCAAUCAAAGUGCUGAUACAUAUCCAUCAUGCUUUAUACGAUGCGUGGUCUCUGGAACUUCUACUAGACGACUUCGAUGCAUUGUUAGCAGAACGGCCAACACCGCUUAGGCCCAGUUUUGGAGAUGUUGUCGAUGCAUACAUGGACGGCACACUUGAUGUCGAUGAUUGGACCCUGAAAGAUUAUUGGAAAGACCAUCUUGCACACCUGGAACUUGCUCGCAUGCCAAACUUUCACACCGAUGUAGACAGCCCUCCUGGACUUGCUUUGAUUCGCCAAGAGACCUCAAUUUCAAUGACAGAGGUCGAGGAGUGCUCGCGCAGUCUCUCUGUUAGCCCACAAUCUCUAUUCCAAGCCGCAUAUGCUCUUGUUCUUGGCUCGUAUCUUGGAUCUUCUGAUAUUUGCUUCGGAUCAGUCUUUUCAGGCCGAACUUUACCUGUUGCCGGGAUUGAGGAUAUUGUUGGGCCUUGUCUCGCGACGUUGCCUGUCCGCAUUGAUUUGUCUACGUCUACGACACUUCGAGACCUGAUCCAAGAACUCAAUGCCACGAAUAGGAAACACUUGGAAAACAGCAUUCUGCCGCUUCGCGACAUCAAGGCUUGUACUGGAGUUCACCCCCGUCAGUUGUUGUUCGACACCCUACUCAUCUGGCAACAAACACUACACAGUGUCGAUCAUAAGAGAGAGAAUGUGUCUCUGGUAGACACUUUGGACAAUCUAGAGUUCAAUCUUACCAUGGAAAUCAUCCCAAGCGCUGGAAACAUCGAAUUAAAAGCCAAUUACCAGCAGGCACUCUUCCCCGCUUCACAAGUCAAUUUAUUGCUACAUCAAGUAGAGCAGAUUGUGCGUGACCUCGUGAGGGACCCUGAUACGGCAAUUACGAGUUCGUUCAGUCACUUUAGCCUUAACAUUCUCUCUAUUGAAAACGAGGCUCCCGACUUUAGACCGAAAGGAGAAACUCUGAGUUCACCCGUGGAGAGAAUCGCAGCAGAAGAGCCUGACAGACCUGCCAUAGAAUUUGCGGCAAGCAUCAAGGGCGACGCUAUCGAUGUGGACCGUGUGUCGUACUCUCAGCUCAACUCUCGCAGUAACCAGAUGGGCUCUUAUCUUUUGGAGUGCGGUGUACUGCCGGAUGAGCUUGUCUGCAUUUGUAUGGAAAAAUGUAGCGAUUUAUACACUACCAUUCUCGCAACAGCCAAGAUUGGUGCUGGAUACCUGCCGCUCACGCCUGAUGUUCCACGCGAACGUCUUGAAUAUAUUCUCCGAGAAGCAGGAGUUAACAUAUUAAUGGCGCAAUCAGCUUCUCGAUCUCUUUUCAAGUCAUUGCCAUCUGUCAAAGUGGUAUAUAUAGAUGAGGUCAAAUUUGAUCUAUUCUCUCCGAGAGACAUACCUUCACGAUCUAUGGCCGAGAAUGUAUCCUAUUGCGUAUUUACUUCUGGAAGUACUGGCACCCCAAAAGGAGUCCUCGUAACUCAGAGCAAUCUUCUCAGUAACUUGGACGUUCUCCAGGAUCUCUAUCCCACAUCCGGCAGCUCUCGUUUCCUGCAGUCCUGCUCUCAGGCUUUUGAUGUAUCCGUCUUCGAAAUAUUCUUCGCUUGGAGAGUUGGUGGAUGUAUCUGCUCUGCGACCAAAGAUGUGCUGUUCCAGGACAUCGAAAAUGCGAUACGCGCACUCGAAGUCACUCAUUUGAGUUUGACACCCACUGUUGCUGCAUUGGUGAAUCCGAAGAAGGUCCCGAAAGUACAGUUCUUGGUUACGGCCGGUGAAGCCGUCACUCAAAAAGUGUUUAAUGCGUGGGCGGACAGGGGUCUGUGGCAAGGGUAUGGUCCUAGUGAGACUACGAAUAUCUGCACUAUCAACCCACUAGUGUCUCGACGUCAUGCAAUAAACAAUAUUGGGCCUCCUUUCAGGAACACUUCAGCUUUUGUACUUUCUCCUGCUUCGGAGUUCAGUCCAGUCCCGCGAGGUGGCGUUGGGGAAUUCUGCUUUGGUGGAUCCCAAGUCUUCCGUGGGUAUAUGGACAGUCGUCAAAAUAUUGGCAAGAUCAUCGAGCAUCCUCGAUAUGGGAAGCUAUACCGCAGUGGUGAUUUCGGCCGUUUAAUGCCAGAUGGAUCUCUGGCCUUCACAGGUCGCAAAGACGAACAGGUCAAGAUUCGAGGACAAAGGGUAGAGCUUGGCGAGAUCAACAACAUCAUGCUCAGAUCCGAUGAGGUCAAAGAUUGUGUUACGAUGGUCAUCGAUGGUGAUACUGAGAAUUCGCAAAGACUAGUAUGCUUCUGGGCAUCCACAUUGUCUACUUCUGAGAAACUUGAAUUUCUCACCCCAGAGACCACAGUUAUCGAGAGACUUUACACGAGUCUUGAAGCCGCACUUCCAAGUUAUAUGAUACCAUCUGCGCUCCUUCCAAUCACAUUUCUUCCAUCUACAGCUCAGGGCAAGAUCGAUAGACGUCGACUGGUAAAGAUGUUCCGCGCACUCGACCUUAACUACCUUGACAUGAUUUCGCAAGGUCCAAAGACGGCAGAAGACCACGCUUGGACAGGCCUGGAGAAUAAAAUUGCGGACACAGUAGCGAAAAUCACCAAGCAGCCACGUGCAGAUAUCCACCUAGAUACAUCCUUCUUCAACCUUGGUGUCGAUUCAAUUUCUGCUAUUUCACUGGCGAGGACUUUGCGUCAAUCAAUUGAGCUUCAGGUGGAGAUAUCUGAUAUUCUCAAAUUCCCUUCAGUCACGAGACUUGCCCAAAGAAUAUCGUCUCGACUCGGAGAGGAUCGCAGUGCAAGCGCCAGCGAUCAGACAAGUUUUCACUUCGGACUCAAGGAAGAGUUCAAAACCUCAGUCAUCACGCGUUUUGGACGAGCUGGAAAAGCAGUGCAGGCUAUUCUUCCGUGUACUCCUUUGCAGGAAGCUAUGCUAUCAGCAGCGGAGGUAUCCCCUGAAAGUCUUUAUGACAACCGCGUCACUCUCAAUGUCUGUGGAAACGUGAACAAGCUACAGACAUGUUGGCGUGAUAUGGUUAGAAGACAUGAAAUACUGCGCACAUGCUUCAUGAGCACCGAUAUCAAGCAACAUCCAUAUGUCCAAGUAGUGCUCGAAAAGCAUGACUUGAGCUUCGACCGAGAUUCCAAGGACGACCUGCUUCAAGAACUGAAGCCGCCUUAUACUCUUCAGCUUACCGGAUCUGAGAGUUGUCAUAAGCUUUCGAUUUCUAUGCACCAUGCUCUAUACGACGGUGUCGCCCUCUCUGUACUAUACGAGGAGGUUGAGAGCCUCUAUCGCCGGGAGUCUCUUGCGCCCCCGGUCUCGUUCGUCCCUUUCCUGCAUAAGAUAGAAACGAUGGAUCUUGACAUCGCCGACAAAUUUUGGGAAUCAACUUUGAAAAGCUGCAGAAAUACCAGCCUCAAAGAGAUUUCAAGGCCCUCGUCGGCAUCCAUCCAGCUACAGCCAAUCACGAGAAUUGAUCGAAUGACAUCUCGGGGCCCACUUCACUCAAUAGAGGCUGACAUCAAGAAGCACAGCACGUCUUUGCUAGCUGCUUGCCAUGCAGCCUGGGCAUCGUCCCUAUCAGAACUAGUCGAGGAAAUUGAUGUCUGUUUCGGCAAUGUUGUCAGUGGCCGCACAGUUCCCGUCGAAGACGUGGAGCGUUUGGUAGCACCGUGUUUUAACACCAUUCCCGCUCGUCUGCAAAAUAUCCACAAUCUCACUUACCUCGAAGCUUUCCGCAAGCUACAAACACUUAACGCUGACUCCAUUCCAUUUCAACUUACACCUCUGCGUCGCAUCCAAUCUAAAUUUAGCCCUGAUGGCUCGCGUCUUUUCGAUACCCUUUUCAUUUUGCAGCAACCGCCUAGAGCUCUAGACUCCUCCAUAUGGACUAUAGAAGAAGACAGUGGAGCCAUGGAUUUUCCCCUCGUUUGUGAGCUCGUUCCAAAGCAUAGCGAUGAUACCCUUGAAAUUAUUUUACAUUCAUACACAUCCGUUCUUUCCGACACCGAGGCCAACAGCAUAUUGCGUUCUUUCGAGGAGAAGCUUAGAUUCGCGUUAGAGAAUCCUAGGAGGCAAAUGAUGUCUUCUGAGAUUCGAGAUAAAAUUCUUGAAAAGAUUCAGAGCAGGGAGGAGAGCGAGUCACAAGUCUCCCUAGGCGAGGCUACAACGAAGCCCAUGUCACCGCAAGAAACUCAGCUGCGAGACAUCAUAGCCUGUUUCACUGACGUUCCUGUUGACAGGAUUGGGCGAGACGUCAGCAUCUUUCGACUUGGUCUCGACAGCAUCAGCACCGUCCAAGUCGCCACUCGACUUCGCAAGGAGGGCCACGCACUCUUGGCAAGUGAUAUCUUGGCCCACCCUACUAUUGCCCAAUUGAGUGAUUUUCUAUCAUCAAAAACUGGAGGCCACAUCUCCGAGAUCGACGAAUUCGACUUUAGUGCCUUCGAUGGGGCCUACCGGGAAUCCGUCUGCGCCAAGAAUGGAAUCAAUCCCCUUGAAGUCGAGGCAAUCAGGCCUUGUACGGCGGUCCAGCAGGGUAUGCUCGCUCAGACUUUGCAUUCUGAAGGCCAUGAAUAUGUCAAUAGUGUUUGGUUCAAUGUCUUGCCAGAUGUGGAUAUCUCAAAAUUGAAGCAUGCUUGGGCCAUUGUGUGCAAGAAUCAUGAAAUGUUGAGGACCGGAUUCUGUUCAACUGAAGAUUCGAAUCAUCCCUUCGUUAUGGUCACUUACAGCUCAGACAAGUUUGAGCUACCCUGGGUUGAGGCUAAAGACAAUGUACAGAGCUCAAGCUCCACAUCUGAAGAAUUGAGGCGACGCCCUUGGACACUGCAGCUCAGCGAGGAAGAGGGAAAGCAAACAAUACAAUUUACAGCCCAUCACGCUCUCUACGAAGCUCAGUCAAUCCAGAUGAUUCUCGAAGAUGUUGCACAAGUCUAUGCAGAUAGUCAAAUGGCAGCCCGCCCUUCAAUUGCUUCUAUGCUUGGCUCGAUAUUACGGCAUACGCAAGACGAUAUGGAAGCAAAGCAACAAUUUUGGCAGCGAGAUGAGAACAAAAUCGUCGUCAAUCGCUUCCCAGACUUGACGCCACUUCGGCUCUCGGAUACCACGAGUGCCGUGAAAGAAGUCAUCUCGCAAUCAACGUUGACUGAACUUGAGGCAAGAUGCAGGAAUCAUGGUGUCACGAUGCAAGCCGCUUCACAAGCAGCAUGGGCAAGAAUUUUAGCUGCUUAUAUUGGCGAAACUUCGACAACCUUUGGCAUGACACUCUCCGGUCGCUCUGUUAGUGAAGAUGCAGAUGCGAUCUCGUUUCCAAGUAUUGUCACUCUACCCUUCAGAUGCGAUAUUACUGGCAGUAAUUCGGAGCUUCUCACAAGAACGAUGAACAUCAAUGCUCUCCUUCACAAGCAUCAAUUCACACCCCUUACUUCGAUUCAGAAAUGGGCCGGUCACCCAGAAGGCAAAAUCUUUGAUACUUUGUUUGCGUACCAAAAGCUUCCCAGUAACGACCAGGACAUCCAAUUUCCGUGGACAAUCGCCAGAGAAGAGGCAUCUGUGAAUUAUGCCGUAUCGCUAGAGGUACAGCCUACGAAUGAUGAUAGACUCUUGCUUCGUCUCACUUACCGUCAAGACCUCAUACCUAAUGAGCAAGCAGAACUCAUUCUUCAACAGUACGAUGCAAUGUUACUUGAUUUGCUACAGAAUCCCAAUAGCUCGUGCGAUGCAGUCCCUCAAAUCCAACCUGACCUACUCUCGAUCACAGCGGCUAUAGAACAUGUGCUUCCCGGUCCAGUCACUCUUCUUCACGAAUUUGUGGAAAGAGGAGCACAAGAAUGGCCAGAGAAGACUGCUCUCGAGUUUGCGACAAGCUUGGAGACUGGAAACUUCAAAAGCAGAUCAUGGACUUACUCUCAACUCGAUCAGGAAGCCAACAAAGUUGCGCAUCUCCUUAUGCAGCAUGAUGUUAUGCCUGGCGAUAUUGUUGCAAUCUGCUUUGAAAAAUGUGCAGAAGCCUCUUUCGCUACAAUUGGGAUUCUCAAGGCCGGCUGUGCAUUUGUUGCCCUUGAUCCGAAUGCACCUGCCGAUCGACUGAAGUUCAUCGUUGAGGAUUCCGCUGCAAAGCUGGUUCUGGCGGCAGGGAAACCUGGACAGAAUCUUCGUGGACUGUUGGAAAACAAGAUAAUCUCCUUGGACUCGCCCGAAAUUUUCAAUGGCUACUCAUCUGAGAGACCUACUUUGGCGAGAAAUAUCAAGCCUGACGAUACAGCCUAUUGUUUGUACACCAGUGGAACAACUGGAACGCCCAAGGGGUGCUUGAUUACCCAUGAGAAUACAGUCCAGUUCAUGCUAGCUUUCUCCAAGCUCUUCGCUGGUCACUGGAGUGAAGACUCAAAGUACCUGCAAUUUGCUUCUUUCCAUUUUGAUGUCAGCGUCAUGGAACAAUUCUGGAGCUGGAGCGUAGGAAUAUGCGUUGCUUCCGCCCCUCGAGAUCUGAUAUUUGAAGACAUUACUGGCGCUAUCCAGCAGUUGCAGAUCACUCACAUCGAUCUCACACCUAGUCUGGCACGGCUUAUCCAUCCGGAUGAUGUUCCUACACUAUGUAGAGGAGCAUUCAUCACUGGCGGAGAACAACUCAAGCAAGAGAUCUUAGAUGUCUGGGGUGAACAUGCCGUUAUUUAUAAUGGCUAUGGUCCUACUGAAGCAACGAUCGGAUGUACGAUGUAUUGUCGGGUGCCCAAGAAUGGCAAGCCAGCUAACAUUGGGCCUGCUUAUAUCAAUGUCGGUUCUUAUGUUCUAAAACCAGGCACGGAGAUCCCUGUUCUUCGCGGCGGUAUUGGUGAACUGUGCGUAUCUGGCAAAUUGGUUGGCAAAGGCUAUCUGAACCGCCCAGACUUGACAGCUGAGAGGUUCCCCACUCUCAAAGCAUUCGACGACCGAGUUUACCGUACUGGCGAUCUUGUCCGAAUCCUGCACGAUGGAAGCUUCAUAUUCCUUGGUAGAGCUGAUGAUCAAGUCAAGCUACGAGGUCAACGUCUCGAGCUCAGUGAGAUCAAUGAAGUUAUCAAGAAAGGCGUCAACGAGGUCGAGGAAGUCGUGACCCUGGUGCUCAAGCACAGUACACAGCAGAAGGAGCAGCUUGUCACUUUCUUUGUCACUUCGUCUUCUGACGGUGAUGGAAGUUCAAUUUCGACGAUGAGAGAUGCUUGCAAAUCUCGAUUACCUGGAUACAUGGUCCCGACUCACUUCAUACCUAUCAAGAAGCUUCCUCUUAACGCGAACAACAAAGCAGAUUCAAAACAGCUCGCAGCUAUGUAUAACGAGCUAAGCGUUGAGGAAUUGCAGAGGUUGAGUCAAUCUGGACUAGAAGACAAGAAAUGGUCAGAAAACGAGAAACCAAUAGUUGGCAUCGUGGCGCGAACUCUAGGCGUUGAAGCGGGAACAUUGACUCGAAGCUUGAAUGUUUUUGAACUUGGUUUGGACUCCAUCUCCAUCAUCGGCUUCUCUCGCGCUUUACAAAAUUCUGGCCUGGAGAAUGCGAAGCUUUCUGUGGUCAAGAGCAAUCCAUCGAUCGGAGGUCUUGUUCGCGCACUUCUCAACAAUUCUGCACUUGAUACUCAAACCGAAAACGCUUUUGUGGCAGCUUCGCAGUACAUCACAGCUUUCUCUCAGAAACAUAUGGUCGGCAUCUGCAAGGAACUGGGCGUUGAGAGCGCGGAUGUGGAGAGUGUUACACCGUGUACGCCAGUCCAGGAGGGCAUGAUUUAUCGAUUCCUUGAGAGCGACCUGCCUCUCUACUUCAACAGUUUUGAGUUCAAGUUGAAUGAUGAAAUUGAUGUGGAGGGACUCAUGGCUGCUUGGCAGAGAGCCAUCCAACACCUUGAGGUACUGAGAACUAAGUUCAUUGCGACAGAUGAUGGCUUCGCACAGGUUGUGCUGAAAGAAGUGGAUGAUUCGUGGAGAAAUCCAGCAACCAACUACAAUACUGUGGAGAAGAUUAUAGCUUUGAAAAUUCCUUACAAACUUGACUUCUCGGCUCGAGAAGGCUUCUCAUUUCGAAUAUUCCAUGGGCUGUACGAUGGAAACAGUCUGACAAUGCUUCUUCGAUGUGUGGUGGAUGAAUAUCGCGGUAUGGAUGUUGACUAUGGACCUUCAUUCACAUCAUCACUGCCUUAUGGUCCCCUGGCACAGGUUCCUGGAGCUCAUGAAUUUUGGACACAACAUCUUGCUGGAUGGUCAGCGAACGAACUCGCAAUUACAUCCUACGCUACGAAAGACGUCGUCGCUACAAGCCACAUCCAAGACAUCAGCAAGAUCGAGAACCUGCGCAAGAAGCUUGGUGUCACUCCUCAAGCCGUCCUUCAAGCUGCCUGGAUAUCAGUCCUUCAAAAGUUUACCUCAUCAAAUCUCACGCUCGGCAUCGUCACUUCAGGACGAGCAAUUGACUUUGAAGGCGCAGACAGAGUCAUAGGACCUCUUUUCAACACAGUUCCUUUCCAUAUCGUCCUUCAAACUGGGACCACGUCGGCAGCUCUCAUAUCAAAGUGCCACGAGUAUAAUAUGCAGAUGCAGGACUUUCAACAUACGGCACUGAAGGAUAUUCAGAAAUUGAGUUCAGCCAAAACUGGGGAGCCGCUUUUCGAGAGCUUGUUUGUAUUUCAACGUGAAAACGAGGAAGAUGACGAGACCCUGUGGAAGUCAGAGGACGGUGGACAAAUUGCUGAUUAUCCAUUGGCUUUUGAGGCUACACUUAAUCAGGACAAUUCAAAGCUGGAUCUGACGAUCGUUGCUCAGGGCAGGAUCAUGGACCAAGCUAAGGCUGAUGAUCUUCUCACUGCUGUCGAGAGAGCACUGCAAGAUAUCUUGAGCAGUGAUGGCAAGAAUGUCGUCCCUGUGAAUGAAAUUGGGCAAGGAAACAAGAAGAGAAAUGGUCUUCCUACCUCGGAUGACAUUGAUAAAUCAUCUACUACAAACGGCGAGUUCUCUUGGACAGAAGAUGCACAGAAGAUCCGUACGGAAAUCGCAAGCCUCGCUAAAGUUUCCGAAGACAGCAUCCAAAACAAUUCCUCCAUCUUCGAGCUUGGUCUUGAUAGUAUUGAUGUAAUCAAGCUGUCAUCUAGACUCAAGAAGCGAGGCAUCGAAAUCCCGGUCAGCGUCAUCAUUAAAUGCCAAACUAUUGCGAACAUGAUUGGCAAGAUCUCCAAGAAUGGAACAGAGAAAGUGGUGCAAGGCAAGAAUCUUGAUGAUAUGAGUCGCGACUUGACGGCGUAUCUUCAAAGUACUGGGAAGCUUCCUGAAGAUGUGGAAAUGGUGCUACCCGCAACGCCACUGCAACAGAGCAUGGUGAACGAGAUGAUCAAUUCUGGAUAUAAGCGGUACUUCAAUGUUGAUGGAUUCAAACUCGGCGAUGGCGUGGACAUGGAGAAGUUGAUGGAAGCAAUCAAAAAUGUGGUGGACCAGUCGCCCAUUCUUCGAACGACGUUCAUUGAGAUUGAAGAUCCAAAACUGCCUAUUGCUUAUGCCCAGCUUGUUCAUCAAGUCGGAUCUGGACAUGGGGCCUUCUCAAACACGAAGCUAGCUCAUGGAGAAUCUUUUGAGACUUUCAUGGAUCAAUUCCAAGCCGACUCCGCAAAUCUUGCAGCCAAGACUGGGGCGUUAUUGCAAAUCCAGUCUGUCUCAUGUGGGACGUUGAAUUACCUGGCGAUUGCUAUCUCGCAUGCGCUGUACGAUGGAACUUCUCUGAGGUCCAUCCAUGAGGAUAUCCAAAGAUCUUAUCAUCAGAGGCUCGAACUACGCCCAGACUUUAAACCAUUUCUGGAACAAGUCUUUGAGUCAACGUCGGAGGAUGCUAAGAAGUUCUGGAAGACCACAUUAUCCAAUCUGCCAUCCGCACAAUUUCCGAGAAAGAGCGAAGUCAAAGACCGCGAUGGAUCGAUGAGGAUUGAGAGACGUUCUCGUGUCUCUCUAGGUCAGGUUGAAGAGCUAUGCAAGUCUUCAAAAAUGACACUCCAGACCCUGGGACAGACUUGCUGGGCUCUCGUUCUAUCGCAUCUCAUGGGUCAACUUGACGUGGUCUUUGGGUCUGUGCUCUCAUGUCGCGACUCUGAAGAAGCAAAUGAGGUUAUGUUCCCAUUGAUGAACACUGUGGCCGUGAGAUCAGUCGUUCAUGGAACAUUGAAUGAGAUGCUUCGCUAUAUGCAGGACAUGAGUGAUACUACUCGACAAUAUCAGCACUUCCCACUCGGCACGGCUCAAGCUUAUGCACUUGCUUCAAGGAACAACCAAGCAGAGAGAAAGGAUACAACCUUGUUUGAUACGCUGUUCAUCUACCAGGGAAGGAGGUCUACGAAGGUCAAAGAUAGGUUGUACGAAUCAGUAUAUGGAGCCUCCGAUGUUGAGUUCCCCGUGUGCGCUGAGAUGGAGAUUGUCGACGAUGAGUACAUUUACUGGACUACGGCUUGCAAAUCUAUUGCUCGCAAUGCUACUGAGACUGAGGGUGUCAUUGAUGCUUUAGAAGCAAUCUUGACACGGAUCAUCGCCGACUCACAAGCUCCAACGAUUGUUUCGGACGCUGAUGGCGUUUCUGUUUGUGGAUUACCUAAGUUCAAGAUCCAUCAGAGUGUGUCGAAGAAUAUGCAUUCAUUGUCUACCCCCGCAGAAGAUGACAAAUGGUCGAACGCUGAGAUGGCAAUUCGCAAGGCACUUCAUGAAGUGUCGCACGUUCCUGAGGAUACCAUCAAGAAAGACACUUCAAUUUUCCACCUUGGUCUGGACUCGAUUUUGGUGCUGAAGCUCCCGGCUUUGCUAAAGCAUUAUGGUAUCAAGCUAAGUGUCUCGAAUAUUCUUAGGGAGCAUACCGUAUUCUCUAUGGCAAAAGCUGCUUCUCAAUCAACUCCCGAGACGAACGGAACCAUCGAUAUUGAUCAUACUCUGGCGAAUGCGAUGGAAUCAAUCGACAUUUCCUCUGAGCUUCAAGUGCUUGAACAGGAAGUUGGAGAGGUAGACUACACUAUGCCUGCUACUGCUGGAGAGGUGUAUAUGAUCAAGCAGUGGCGAGCUUCACAGGGCGCUAUGUUCUAUCAAACUUUCACAUAUGCUCUACCUGGACCAUUCAAGAAACAAGCCCUCGCAAACGCUUGGAAGACUCUACUCGCCAGUCAUGAUAUCCUUCGGACUGGGUUCUUGGAGCUCGGAACACAGAUCGUGCAAGUUGUUUUCAAGGAUCCGAAGAACGAGAUCAUAUACUGUUCAAAAGGGGAAAUUUUGCCUGUCACGAGGAAGGCGAAUGCUGAUCUGAGAUUGCCGCCACUAGAUUUGGUUGUUCAAGACGCGGAAGGUGCUUCUUUUACCUUGAGGAUAGUUCUGCAUCAUGCCAUUUAUGAUGGUAUGAGUCUUCCAAUCUUGAUUGAGGAGCUGCAAUGUCUUUACGCUGGACAACAACCUGAGAUAUCCCUGCUAAGCUUCAAGAGCUUCGUCGCCGAGUCUGUGUGUUCAAUGUCUGCCACGACAAAGGAUAAGUGGAUCUCUUACUUGAGUGGAGAGACACUAUAUCCCUUGAAAGUAGUUCAAUCCACUACACCAUCAAAGACCAAGAAAAGAACAGAAGUCUUUCACCCAUCGAACAAGAUCAAGCCUCUCAAUAAGCUCGCACAAUCCAAUGGCUUGACAAUCGAUGCUUUGUUCCUCGCUGCCAUUGCAAAGAUAUAUGCACGACAUCUCCAAGGCUCAUCAGCCUCUCAAGAACCAAUCCCACAAGUCACAUUCGGUGUCUAUCUCGCGAACCGAGCACCGUUCGGAGAAGAUCUGUCAUCCCUGGCAGCGCCGACUUUGAAUCUGCUUCCUCUCUGCGUGCCAAAUCCAAUAGAGAGAAGCAUCGAAGAAGUAGCGAGAGAUGUCCAGAAGGGAUUGAGUAUGAUCAGCGAGAAGAGCAUGGUGGGUGCUAGUCUCGAGCAGAUCCAUGAAUGGACGGGAACCAGGGUCAAUUGCUUUGUCAACAUCUUGAAGUCUCCGAAUCCUGGUACUACACACGAAGAUACAAAAGGAGACUGGGAAGCAGUGCAAGACUUAGGGAGAAGAGCAGAAAUAGUCACAGAGCACGUUAAUGAGAAUUUGAUUGUGGAUGAGGAGGAAGUGAGGAAUGGGGCAUAUUUGCCAUCACUAGAUAUUGAGCUAAGAUACAAGAGUGAGGCGGGAGAGGUGGAUAUGGGUAUUUUUGCACCGAAUGAGAUGAUUGGUGUGGAAGAGGCGGAAGGAAUGGUGAGGGAGUUUCUUGGAUUUUGGCAGGGUUAG